CUCAACCGCUUUCUCUGACUUCUUCCCACUAAUCUAAUCUUUCAAGAAAUCUGUGCAAAGCUCGCAAUUUCCCUUUACAUUCCUACCCGUCAACCACAGCAUUCAUGCCGCCAAAACGCACUUCUUCGAAAGGUGGCCGAGUCACUAAGCCUGCUACCCGGAACAAGAUGAAAAAGGACUCGUUUCCUGCUCUCCGCAAACCAGCUGGGAAAGCAACUUCCACAUCUACAUCCACAACCUCUCCCGCAACCGCCAACAUGCCCGCCACCACACCCCCUCCUGCCCCAAUCUCUCCCCAGCCAGAGCAAGGCCCCGUCUACUUCUGGCGCCCGCACCAAGCAAACGGCUACCUCGGCCAAUGGUACAGCAGCCCCUUCACCGUCGACGGCGACACGUACGCCACAGCCGAGAUGUGGAUGAUGGUGCAGAAAGCACGCCUGUUCAGCGACGAAGCAGUCGCGCAGAAAAUGCUAGCCACCACCGAUCCGAAACGGCACAGGGCUCUCGGGCGGGAAGCCAAGAACUUCAGCCAGAAGACUUGGGAUGAUCAUAAGCGCGGGAUUGUAGAGCAGGGCACGUAUUAUAAGUUUACGCGCUCGGAGGAGGCGGAGAAGCUGAGGGGCUUGUUGUUGGAGACGGGCGAGAGGGAGUUGGUGGAGGCGAGCCCGAUGGAUAGGAUUUGGGGCGUCGGGUUUGGGGAGAAGAAUGCGGGGGCGAAUCGGGGGAGGUGGGGGCUGAAUUUGUUGGGGAAGGCGUUGAUGGGGAUUAGGGGGCGGUUGAGGGAGGAGGAGGAGGGGAAGGGGAAGGGGAAGGAGGAGUAG